UAGCGGAGACUAUGCGGAGAUGGUCGUGCAAACCCGAGGCAGACACAAAGAGUCGGCGCUCAAGCCCCCCGGCGCUCAGCCGCCCCCGCCCCAAGCCGCUGGGGCGCCCCAGCCCGGAGCGAGCCCCAGGAGCGGCCGCGGGCUGCAGCAAAAGCAGCCGGGCAGGCAGCUGUCCUGCGGGGCCGGCGCCAUGCGGAAGGGAGGAACCGGGAGGAAAGGGGCCAAGAGCGAGCCCCAGAAACCCAGCGGCCCCCUGGCCCAGAGGGUGAGGGAAUUGCUGGGCCUGGGCCAAGAGGGGUCGCCUCAGGGCUGGAGACACGGGCUCCAAGUAUUUAUUGAAGAAAAAGGGGCCUUCAUCAUGAGAGCAGAUAGCAAGAUAUGGUUCACUUUUAUAUUAGCUGCUUUUGCAGGAGUUUUACACUGGUGUCAUAUUACAACUCUUUUUGAAAAUGACCGUCAUUUUUCUCACCUCUCGACGCUGGAAAGAGAGAUGGCUUUUCGCACUGAAAUGGGCCUUUAUUAUUCCUAUUUCAAGACGAUUGUUGAAGCACCAUCAUUUUGGAAUGGAAUGUGGAUGAUUAUGAACGAUAAAGUAACUGAAUAUCCUCUGGUGAUUAAUACGUUAAAAAGGUUCAAUCUUUAUCCAGAGGUGGUCCUAGCCAGCUGGUACCGCAUAUACACAGGGGUAAUGGAUUUUAUUGGUCUUCAGACCAAGACAUGCUGGACUGUAAACAGAGGAGAAAGGCUUAGUCCUGUUGAAAGCUGUGAAGGAUUGGGAGACCCUGCUUCCUUUUAUGUUGCUGUGAUCUUUCUUUUAAAUGGACUAAUGAUGUCAUUGUUCUUCAUAUAUGGCACAUACCUAAGUGGGAGCCGUCUAGGAGGUCUAGUUACGGUAUUGUGCUACUUUUUCAAUCAUGGGGAGUGCACGCGUGUGAUGUGGACUCCACCCCUUCGUGAAAGUUUCUCAUACCCAUUCCUUGUGCUUCAGAUGUUGCUUUUGACUUACAUUCUCAGGACUCCGAAUAUUAAUAGAGGAAGCUUGAUUGCACUGUGUGUUUCUAAUGUCUUUUUCAUGCUUCCCUGGCAGUUUGCUCAGUUUGUCCUUCUGACACAAAUAGCCUCGUUAUUUGCUUUGUAUGUUGUGGGUUACAUUGACUCUCUCAAGUUACAGAAGAUACUUUGUGCACAUAUGGCAUCUCUUGCACUGUGUUUCAUUUUGAUGUUUGGCAACUCAAUGUUAUUGACAUCAUAUUAUGCUGCCUCUUUAGCAGUUAUCUGGGGUAUUCUUGAAUGGAGUCCAAAAUUGCUGAAAAUGGGUAGAAGAGAAGUCAGUUUAUGGGCCAUUGAAGGAUUUGCUUGGUUAUUUGGAACAGUCACCUUGAAAUAUUUGACUUCUCUAAUAUUUGGAGUAGCUGAUGAUGCACAUAUAAGUAACCUGCUAAAAUCAAAAUUUUUUGGCUACAAGGAUUUUGAUACAUUAAUGUACACCUGUGCUGCAGAGUUUGACUUCAUGGAAAAAGAGACUCCAAUAAGAUACACAAAGACGUUACUACUUCCCGUAGUUCUUGUGGUUUUUGGGAUAAUCAUCAUGAAGGCAAUUAAAUAUAUUGUGUGGGUUUUAUCUCAGAAAGACCUCUGUGAACGAGAGGAUCAUUUUAACCAUGGUGAGCUGGUAUACCAUGCAUUGCAGCUAUUGGCAUAUACUGUACUUGGUAUUUUAAUUAUGAGACUGAAACUGUUUCUGACACCUCACUUAUGCGUUAUGGCUUCCUUGGUUUGUUCAAAACAGUUGUUUGGAUGGCUCUUUGGCAAAAUUCAGCCCAAAACAUUGGUCUUUGCUAUUUUAGCAAUAAUGGCAAUAGAGGGAUCAGCAAACCUUCAGAAUCAGUGGAACAUCAUGGGAGAAUUUAGCAAUUUGCCACAGGAAGAACUUUUAGAAUGGAUAAAAUCCAGUACCAGACAAGAUGCUGUUUUUGCAGGAGCGAUGCCUACAAUGGCAAGUGUCAAGUUGUCUGCCCUUCGACCUAUUGUCAAUCAUCCCCAUUAUGAAGAUGCAGGGCUGAGGGCCAGAACUAAAAUAGUGUAUUCCAUGUAUAGUCGAAAACCAGCAAAAGAAGUGAAAAAAGAAUUGUUAAGACUAGGAGUGAAUUAUUACAUCUUAGAAGAGUCGUGGUGCAUAAGAAGAACUAAGCCCGGUUGCAGUAUGCCUGAAAUUUGGGAUGUGGAAGAACCUGCCAAUGCUGGCAAAAUUCCUUUAUGUAACCUUAUGAGUAAGGAUCCCAGGCCAUAUUUCAACACAGUAUUCCAGAACAGUAUUUACAGAGUCUUGAAGGUUACAAGGGAAUAACACUUCAGUGCAAAGAACUGUCAAACUUUUUCAACUUUUUAACUGCUAACCAUAUAAAAAUUCUAAAUCAGAAACACCUUUUAUACUAAACUUAAAAUGAGGAAAUGUAUAUUUUUAAUUUUUUGUCAUUUUAAAGGAAUUCUGAUUAUAGAAGUACCUUAACCUGACAGUUUGGAUUUCUAUUUCAGGGUCAGUCUCUUGAGGUUUGCUAUGCAAAUGAUUAUAUGUUUGCACACUCUUUAAUAAAUGCUGAUCCAAACAAAAGUUAAGUGGCUGUAGAAAGUAACAACAGUUCUCAAAACCAAUCAGAUUGUGAAACAAUGCUGUCAGUCUGCCUUAGCAAAGCAAGAUUAUUUAAACCAUUGGUGCUAGUAAUUAGGAACUAAUGGAUGGUGCUGUAGCAUCUAGCAGCAGACUUCUUAAAUCACCAUCACAGUAUAAUGACCACUCCCCGUAUUCCUCUUUGGAUAACGUGAUACUGAUCACACAUUUCUGAAGAAGUCACACAAUUUCUUUAGCCAUAUCUGUGUGAAGAAUGGUUUUAAGAGAAACUGAAGAAGGGUUGCUGAUAGUUUUGGAUCACUUUAAAAACAUGUCAGGC